AUGUUUGCUGCGGCCACGAGCUUCUUUGCUCGCUCAAAUAUUUCUGCUUCUUAUAACCUUUCCUCUUCAUCCACUCCCGGCAGUCGCUCGUCUACCCCAGGGCCAAGCAAUUCAUCCUCAUCACCCACAUAUUCACCGCCCCUCAAUAUCGGUUUAUGGCGCGUCCAGUCGGCCACACACAAAGUCACCAACAAACGCGUCAGUGUCUGGUCCUUCGAUAAACGCAGUCCAGAAAUGGAGCGGCUCCGGCCCCUUGCAAAGGAUCGCACUCUUGAAGUCUUGAAAGCAGAGGCUUCGUCGUUGACGCGACUACGACACCCUUCAAUUCUGGAGAUGGUGGAACCCUUGGAGGAUACACGGACAGAGCUUAUUUUUGCCACCGAACCCGUGUUAUCGUCGUUGGAGCUUUCCAUCCCCGGUAUGGGCAGAACACCAAUCGUAGAUCUGGACGAGGUUGAGAUUCAAAAAGGCAUCUUGCAAAUUUGCAAGGGUCUUUCGUUCCUGCACUCGUCAGCGCAGUUGAUUCACUCAAAUCUUGGGACGGAAAGCAUCAUAAUCAACAGCUCUGGCGACUGGAAAAUCGCGGGGCUUGGUCUCACAAUUCCUCUAAUGGCUCCUGGCGGUGGACCCACGAGAUGGGAGUUCCCAACUUUCGACGGCCAUGUCCCCUCCUACAUCCAACGAUCGUUUGACUACAUGGCACCCGAAUAUGCUCUCGAUGAGCAGCUCUUGACAGCAUCUGAUAUGUUUUCUUUGGGCUGUGUCAUCUACGCAGUCCAUUGCAAAGGAAGACCCCCAUUCAAGAAUCACGGCAGUUUGAGCGGGCUUCGUGACAAUGCGGGAAAGCCUGUCCCUGCAAUGGAGUCGUUGGACCCAGAUUUACAAAAUCUGCUACGAACUCUCAUCACACGACAAGCUACCAGUCGCCCAACUCCGACCACUCUCCCUUCCUACCCAUUCUUCAGCAGUCUGCCUAUUUCCACGCUCAACUUCCUGGAUCGCUCGACGUUUGCGACAAAAACGCGAGAGGAGAAGAUCUCUUUCAUGAAAGGCUUGGCUUCUGUUUUGGAACGCUUUUCCGAAGGAUUGAGAACACGCAAAAUCCUCCCUAGUUUGCUCGAGGAAAUGAAGGACACCCACCUCCUUCCCUACAUCCUGCCAAACGUUUUCUCGAUAUCCAACAUUCUCUCUGCUCCUCAGUUCGCUGGAAUGGUCCUUCCAAGCCUGAAGCCAUUGUUCGUCAUCAAAGAGCCUCCGCAAAAUAUGUUGACGCUACUCGACAAUCUUCUUAUGCUGCAGAACAAAACAGACAAGAAUACUUUCCGAGAGCAGGUUUUGCCUUUGGUUUAUAAUGCUCUGGAGUCUGAGCACGCGGUGGUUCAAGAGCGCGCAUUAAAGACUGUCCCAGAACUCUGCGAGAGCAUCGACUAUGCGGAAGUCCAAGGAGUCUUAUUCCCUCGUGUCGCCAUGGUCUUUUCGAAAACCCGGGUCCUGACCGUGAAGGUGGCCACGCUUACUACUUUCCUCGCAAUGGUAAAAACGCUGGAUCAAAGCAGCCUAACACAAAAGCUGGUCCCGCUUCUGUCGAAAAUUCGCACCAAAGAACCGGCUGUAACAAUGGCCACGCUCAACGUGCAGGAGGCCAUGGGCAUGAAAGUAGACCGCGAGGCGGUCGCUACUCUGGUUCUUCCCCAGCUCUGGACGAUGUCGAUGGGACCCUUGCUUAAUCUGGACCAAUUCCAGCGCUUUAUGGGGGUUAUCCGGAAACUAGGCGAACGUGUCGAGGAAGAGCAUAAGCAGUUCCUUCGUGACUCGCAGAGACUGGAAGACCGGUCGGCAACGGCGAUGAACGGCAACGGUUCGCAAGCAGCAGGCUCCGUGGACUUUGCGAGUCUUGUCGGUCGGGCAAAUGGGGCCUCUGUCAAGCCCGACUCGGAAGCAAGCACUGGUUGGGAUGACGAUCCAUGGGCUACCAUGCUCAACGAUGAUCCCCCGUCUUUCCAGACCUCCCCAGCCAUGCCCACAUCCCCCGUCACACUUCCUCCCGUUCGCUCCAUGCCUUCCUCCCCUCAACAGUCGACUUUCCAAUCACGCCCGUCGCCAUUGGGUGGCGGCGCUUCGACUGCCACACCGACACCAUUUUCUUUCCCCUCCCCGCCGUUGUCGCGGCCGUCUUUGAAUUCGAUGACGUCAGCGAUGCCGGCAUUCCCGUCGGGGCCUCCGAAACCCAACUACAACAUAUCGCUGUCCACCACGCCCAUAAUGUCCUCGAAUCCCCAGCCGCAGCCGCAGCCCCCGAAACCGAAUUACAACAUCUCCCUAACGCCCAGCGCGCCAAUGGCGGCGACGACACCACCAAUGUUCACGUCCUCGCCAAUGAUGGCCGCACCGCUCACGAUGGGCAGCGGUGUCCUGGCGCCUUCCAAACCCGCCCAACCGUCCUGGUCGACUGCGUCCAAGCCAAGCAAGGACGACUGGGCGGAUUUCGACCCGUUAGGAUGA